AUGUCGUUCCUGCCAGAGACCCUAUCUCUGCAGAAGUUGGCCCGGGAGCCCUACCUGGCCCUGCCCACGGCCCCCCAGUGCCUGGCCACUUACGUCUGGGUCAACGCGUCCGGGACCAGCGUCAAAUCCAAGACCCAGACUCUGCCCUGCGAGCCACAGAGCAUCCACGACGUCCCGCUGUUCUACGGCACGCACUGGUUUGACGAACAAACCCACGAGAUCUCUCUGGUCCCACUGCGGAUGUUCCAGGAUCCUUUCACUCUGGGAAUCAAUAAACUCAUCCUGUGCCACGCCCUGGUGCUGGACGGGUCAGCAGCACCGGGGAACAGGAGGGUGGUGUGUCUGGAGGCUAUGGAGGCUGUGGAGGACCAAAAACCCUGGUUUUGCUUCAAGCAGCAGUACCUGCUGCAGACACUAGAGGGACAGCCGUUUGGAUGGGACUCUGCCGACUCCCCCAUUAAAGGUGUGAGCAGCACCGUGGGCCUGAACAACACGUUUGGUCGACAGGUCAGUCUCAGUCACUGCAACGCCUGUUUGUACGCGGGGGUCCGGAUCACAGAGACCACCGCAGGGUCCAUCCCGGCUCAGUGGGAGUUCCAGGUGGGCCCCUGUGCAGGUGUGGACCUGGGGGACCAGGUCUGGAUGUCCCGCUACAUCCUCCAUCGAGUCUGUGAGGACUUCGGGGUCGUUCCCUCGUUCAGACCGAAGCCUGUGGAGCAUCCCAUCUGGGCCAACGGGGGCCACAUGAACUUCAGCACCGAGAGCAUGAGGGAGGAGGGAGGCCUGAGACACAUCCAUGCUGCCAUCGAGCGCCUGUCGCAGCGCCACCCAGAGGACAUGUGGAUGUACGGCAGCGAGGAGAACAUGCAACGGCUGAACAACGUGGGACCGAACCCGGACUUCAGCACCUUCUCCUGGGCGGUCUCGGAGCGCAAGUGCAGCGUGCGCAUCCCGGGACACGUGCACGAGGCCGGGAGGGGCUACCUGGAGGACCGCAGACCUGCCGCGGACUGUGACCCCUACCAGUCCCUUUGCUCCUCACUCUUCGGUCCCUUUGCUCCUCACUCUUCGGUCCCUUUGCUCCUCACUCUUCAGUCCCUUUGCUCCUCACUCUUCAGUCCCUUUGCUCCUCACUCUUCAGUCCCUGUGCUCCUCACUCUUCAGUCCCUUUGCUCCUCACUCUUCAGUCCCUUUGCUCCUCACUCUUCAGUCCCUUUGCUCCUCACUCUUCAGUCCCUGUGCUCUUCACUCUUCGGUCCCUGUGCUCCUCACUCUUCGGUCCCUGUGCUCCUCACUCUUCAGUCCCUGUGCUCUUCACUCUUCGGUCCCUUUGCUCCUCACUCUUCAGUCCCUGUGCUCCUCACUCUUCAGAGACCCUCAGGUCUUAGACGGUAA